AUGUGUCACCGUCUGCUUGCAGUGCUACUGCUCGUGACUUUCGCAUUUGGCCUGUUGCUCUUGACUCGCUUCCGCACCUACGACUUUGUGUCGGUUGGUCUUUGUCGAGUCGCACCCUUCUCCGCUUCCUGUUCGUCUGCGCGCCUCGAUAUGUUUCUACCAACGACAUCAGAAAUGGCCACACAGAAACUACACACAGCGCAACAUGGUCGUUCUAAAGGCCGUGUAGCGCUCAGCAUCGGCUCGAUCAACAUUCGCUACUCUCGCGACACACUCUACGACUCAACCCACUCCAUGCUUUCUUCGAUCGAGAACUCGAUCAACGUUGCACGCCUCGGCACAGGACCUUCAUCGCAGCUGGUUGCUUCGCUUGAUACACAUGAUAUUGACUCACCUUCUCCGUUCCUAAUGCGCAAGUACCACGGCGAACGGAGUUGGUUGUUGAGAGGGCCCAAAGUAGCCGAUGUAGUGCUGUUCAACAACUGGGAUAUCUUCGCAUUUCAAGAGGUACUCGAUGGACAGUAUGGCAACUUGAUAGAGUGGCUAGGUCAGGAGUAUGACCAUGCUGGUGUGGGUAGGGAUGAUGGUCAUCGUGCGGGAGAGGCAGUGCCUGUGUUUUGGAGACGGGAUACCUUCGAACGGGUGAACGGAAGUCAGGGCGGUAUUGGGCCAGACGGCGUCGAACACUUUUGGUUGUCUCCCACGCCAAACGUAGUGGGUAGUGUAGGCUGGGAUGCAGCACUAACGAGGAUGUGUACGCAUGUCAGCUUGCGCCUUCUGGCAACGGACGAGAUCAUCCACGUGUUUUCGACACAUUAUGAUCAUCAAGGUGUCGUGGCCCGGUCAAAGUCGUCCGAGCUCAUCGUCGAGCGUGCGCGCAAAGCCUCGGCUCGAACCAAAGCAUUCUGCACAUUGCGAAAGUCUCCUCCUUCGCAGUCUGAGCCUCUCGUAGUGCUCAUUGGAGACCUCAACAGCCCGCGCAACGAAGGUAGCUGGUCAACCCUCGUUUCGCCACACUACCAUCUCGAGGCCAACUCGACCGGCGCGACGUUCCUCGACACGGCUUUAUCGCUACCCACAAGACGCAAAUCUCCUCUUCUGACAGACAACGAGGACCCGCUUCGAUCCAAGUUUGCUUCAGGCCGCAAACUUCCACCACGUCCUGAGCCUGACGCAGAGAUCAAAGGCGGUAUACUCUCCGAGCCUGUGGGCCCUCUUCGAACGUUUACCGACUUUGAACCAUCACCGAGAAAUGCCAUCGACGACCGAAUCGACUUCAUAAUGAUCCUCGAUAACGGCGCUGUACUCGACGAGACGAGAGACGACGCGAAACUCGACCAUUCCGAGAUGUUGCCCCCUUCAUCGCCCCGCACCGGAGUGCAUGCACGAGACAUUCGCAUAACUAACCAGCAGAAACAAGAAAAGCGGACCACCAACCGUCAAAACGACAGACCCGCACGGGCAUCUCUAGCCAGAUGGAAAAUCCGAGCCUUCGGUACACUGCCCAAUUGGAGCGAAGCGGACGCCGGCUUCCUCAUCUCUGAUCAUCGUCCCGUCAUGGCGAGAAUCGAGCGAAUCAUCUCUUUAUCACCGUAA